AUGGAUUACGAUGUUGCCGAGGAAACACUCAGACAUGUCAGUCAGUACAACUUACUUAACGCCCAGCAGCGUGCGAUUUACGAAUCAGUAUUAGACUCUGUCGAUAAAAAGGAUGGCAAACUAUUCUUUGUACAUGGCGCAAGGGGCACAGGAAAAACAGUACAUGGCGCAGGGGGCACAAGAAAAACAUUCCUCUAUCAAACCAUUAUAUCCAGACUUCGCUCGAGGAAACAAAUCGUUCUCCCGGUAGCUUCUUCAGGAAUAGCCGCAUUGCUCCUACCAAACGGAAAAACAGCUCAUUCUCGCUUUAAUAUUACUUUGAAGCUCGAUGAAGAUAAGCUCUGCAAGAUCAAACCAGGUGGUGAUUUUAGACAGAUCCUUCCGGUAGUUCCACAAGGGAGUAGCGCUGAUACUGUCUUAGCUUCGAUAAGUUAUUCAUAUCUACGGAAUACCUGCCACAAGUUCCCUGUGAUGACAAAUAUGCGAGUCAACCAGGACGAAAAAGAGUUCUCUGAUUGGCUUCUCAAAGUCGGUGAAGGUCGUCCACAAUCAGAACAAGAAGAUGAGGACGAUGGCUACCAAGACCAAAUCUUAACCGUCGACCCCUCAUUGGUCCAAGAAACUAAGGAUGAGUCAUUAAAGCAAGUUGUCGAUGCUGCGUAUGGUGAUGUCAACCAAAUAGAGGCCUCCCAAAGUUCCUACACUGAUAAAGCUAUCCUUACACCCCGAAAUGAUACAGUCGAUGAAAUCAAUGCGUAUAUAAUCUCGCAAACCGACGGAGAGUCAAAAGACUACUACAGUUACGAUAGCUUUGAGGUUUCGGAAACUCAAUCUAACCAAAAUGAUACACUAUACGCCAUUGAGUAUCUCAACUCCAUGGAGUUUCCAGGAUUGCCUUCCCAUAAACUCACACUCAAAGUUGGGGCUCCGAUUAUGCUUCUGCGAAACAUAAAUCAAACAAAAGGAUUAUGUAAUGGUACCCGUAUGAUCCUAACCCACAUAGAUGAAAGAGUGCUUAAGGCAGAUAUAAUUACUGGCUUACACACUGGAAAUGAAGUUUUGAUCCCAAGAAUAGUCCUCUUGCAUGGGGAUACAAAGCUACCGUUCACUUUACGUCGACGACAAUUCCCUAUCAGAUUGUGUUAUGCAAUGACAAUCAACAAAAGCCAGGGCCAAAGCUUAAAAGAUGUCAUCCUAUAUCUUCCUAGACCGGUCUUCGCACAUGGUCAACUGUAUGUGGCCCUCUCACGUAUAACAAGCAAAGCAGGACUAAAAAUCAUCAAAGGCGAAGACUCACAAACAAAAAGUGAAGAACAUAGUCUACAAAGAAAUUUUCAACCGCCUACGUUCCCAAGAGUGUAA